AUGGUUUCUUCUCUGCUUACAAUGUCGAUGAGUGGCACUAAAACAUGGCCUCAAGCCCAUAUUGAUUUAGGCUUUAGGCCCAUUAAAACACACCAGAAGACGAUCAAAUGCACGGUGCAGAUCGAACCUCUAAACCGGCCAUUAUUUACACCAACAACAACCACCGCACACAAUCCUCUCCGGCUAAACAUCUUCCAAAAAGCGGCGGCGAUCGCGAUCGAUGCGGCUGAGCGCGCGCUGAUCUCACGCGAACAAGAUACUCCUCUUCCGAAAACCGCUGAUCCUCGUGUUCAAAUCGCCGGUAACUAUUUUCCGGUACCGGAAUCUCCCGUCCGGCGAUAUCUCACCGUCGAAGGAACCAUCCCUGACUGCAUUGACGGAGUUUAUGUCCGUAACGGCGCAAAUCCGAUGUUCGAGCCAAUAGCUGGUCACCAUUUAUUCGACGGAGACGGAAUGGUUCACGCCGUUAAAAUAACCAACGGUUCAGCUUCCUACGCAUGUCGGUUUACUAAAACCGAAAGAUUGGUUCAAGAAAAACGAUUGGGUCGACCGGUUUUCCCAAAAGCAAUUGGAGAGCUUCACGGCCACUCAGGAAUCGCACGGUUAAUGCUUUUUUACGCACGUAAGAUAUUCGGUUUAAUCGAUAAUCAAAACGGCGUCGGAGUAGCAAACGCCGGUUUGGUUUACUUCAACAACCGGUUAUUCGCAAUGUCAGAAGACGAUUUACCUUACCAAUUGAAAAUAACUCAAACCGGAGAUCUCCAAACCGUUGGACGUUACGAUUUUAACGGCCAGUUAAAAUCCGCAAUGAUCGCCCACCCGAAACUCGACCCGGUUACGAAGGAGCUUCACGCUUUAAGCUACGACGUCGUUUCGAAGCCUUACCUGAAAUACUUCAGAUUCUCACCGGACGGAGUUAAAUCGCCGGAAUUAGAGAUUCCGUUGGAGACUCCGACGAUGAUUCACGAUUUCGCAAUUACAGAGAAUUUCGUUGUGAUUCCUGAUCAACAAGUCGUGUUUAAGCUCGGAGAAAUGAUUUUCGGUAAAUCUCCGGUGGUUUUCGACGGCGAUAAGGUUUCCCGAUUAGGGAUAAUGCCGAAACACGCGACGGAUGCUUCAGAGAUCAUCUGGGUAAAUUCGCCGGAGACGUUCUGUUUCCACUUGUGGAACGCUUGGGAAUCGCCGGAGACGGAGGAGAUCGUCGUAAUCGGAUCUUGUAUGUCUCCGGCGGAUUCGAUCUUCAACGAGAGAGACGAAAGCUUGAGAAGCGUUUUAUCGGAGAUUAGAAUAAACCUUAAGACGCGUGAAGCCACGCGCCGCGCGUUGUUGGUUAACGAGGAAGAUGAUGUGAAUUUGGAGAUCGGUAUGGUUAACCGGAACCGGUUAGGGAGAAAAACCCGGUUUGCGUUUCUGGCUAUUGCUGAUCCUUGGCCAAAAGUUUCCGGUUUUGCUAAGGUUGAUCUUUUCACCGGAGAAAUGGAAAAGUAUGUUUACGGCGGCGAGAAAUACGGCGGAGAACCGUUUUUCUUGCCUAACGGUAACGGUGAAAAUGAAGACGACGGUUAUAUUUUCUGUCACGUUCACGACGAAGAGAAAGAAAAGUCGGAGUUACAGAUUAUUAACGCCGUUAAUUUGAAGCUUGAAGCUACGGUUAAACUACCGUCUAGAGUACCGUAUGGGUUCCAUGGUACAUUUGUGGAAUCAAGUGAACUUGUUAAUCAAUUAGAAUAA